AGUUUAAACGUAAAAUGAUGUUUUUAUCUUUCAAACACUUAUGAAAGUUGAUUGACAGGUCAGUGAACCAAUGAGACGCUAAUGUCAAAUGCCCCUCGCGAUCGAAGGCCAAUUACAGCGCAGAUUUCCGGUGUUUUCCCUAUGACCCCGCCUCCUUUUUGGACAGGUGGCGAGAGAGCAGAGUGUAGUCAAGUUAGCACCCGUUCUUCAAUCUAAUACCGGAAAUCAAGGAAAAGAUCUCGAUACUUUAAUAAUAAAAGCACGUAGUGAUAUAUUUUACAUGAGAAUUAUUGAUGUUGUUACGCAGACGUGAGAGAAGUAUGAACUUGUUUCCGUUGCUUAUGUGCGCGUGCUCACUCAACGAACACUUUUAUGUUCAGUGUCUUUGACGAACGGUACUUUUAUUAUGAAAGUUCCGUCCGGAAGUGCUCUUUGUGUGUGACUGUCGCUCUGAAACGUCUCCGUAUUUGUUUUCACAUUUUUCGCUAUUGAAAUCUCUCGUGUUUUCUCUUUAAAAUGGCGGCCGCUAUCCGCCUCUUCUUCUUCUUCUUGUCCACUUUUCCCGCGGCGUUGUCCUCGCGAGGGGACGUGCUCGAGCUCGGGGACGCUGACUUCGACUACCUGGCAACGGAGCACGAGACCAUGCUGGUGAAAUUCUACGCACCAUGGUGUGGCCAUUGUAAGAAGUUGUCUCCAGAGUUUGACCGAGCAGCGAGUCGACUCAAAGGAAUCGUCCAGUUAGCAAAGGUGGACUGCACCGCUCACUCAGAGACCUGUGGACGUUUCGGUGUCUCUGGUUAUCCAACUCUGAAGAUCUUCAGGAGUGGAAAAGACUCCGCCCCCUAUGACGGACCUCGCACUGCAGACGGCAUCUCUCAGUACAUGAAGAAGCAGACCGGUCCAGACUCAGUUCUGUUGAGGACUCACUCAGACCUGCAGACGUUCAUCAGUCACUACGAGCCCAGUGUCGUUGGUGUGUUUUCAGGUGAGGACAGCGCUCGUCUCUCUGAGUUCCUCAAAGCUGCAGCGCUGCUCAGGGAACAGUUCCGAUUCGCUCACACAACUGACCUGAGGCUGGGGGCGGAGCAUGGAGUCCAGUCUGAGAGUGUGUUGUUGUUUCGAUCGCCCAGACUCAGCAGUAAGUUUGAGGACAGCGUGGUCGUCUUCUCUGAUCACCUGACCAUCAGCUCGCUGCGACGCUUCAUCAGAGAUCACAUUCACGGUCUGUGUCCUCACAUGACAACGGAGAACAGAGAGCGACUGAGAGUCCGAGACCUGCUGACCGUUUAUUACGACCUGGAUUAUCACCUGAACCCCCGCGUGUCCAACUACUGGAGGAACAGGGUUAUGAAGGUGGUGUCUCAGUACAGUGGGCGGGGCCUGACAUUCUCAGUAGCCAAUAAGAAGGACUUCCUGUCCGAGCUGGAGGACGACUUUGGUUUGGGGACGGAGGAUGGAGGAGACCUGCCGUUCGUCACCGUCCGAACCAAACUGGGCCACAAGUUCACCAUGAGGGAGGAGUUCACGAGAGACGGUCAGUCGCUCGCCAGGUUUUUAGACGAUUACUUCGCCGGUCGUCUCAAACGCUACGUUAAAUCUGAACCUGCACCUGAGAGGAACUCUGCCCCUGUCAAGGUGGUGGUUGCUGAAACGUUUGAUGACAUCAUCAACGAUGGUGAUAAAGAUGCUGUGAUCUUGUUCUACUCGCCGUCCUGUCCACACUGUAAAAAACUGGAGCCUGUUUUCAGAGAGCUCGCUAACAAACUCGUUUCUGAUCCGAACAUCGUCAUCGCAAAGAUGAAUGCCGUCGAUAACGACGUCCCGCUGGCCUAUGAUGUCCCAGGAUUUCCGACCAUUUACUUUGCUCCGAUGGGGAGAAAGGACGAGCCCAUUCGCUACGAGGGUGGUCGAGAGUUAAAAGACUUGCUGAAGUUUGUGAAGACGAGUCGCAGUCGAAUGGCCGACGCCUCAAGGGACGAACUCUGACAUGUUCUUUCAUUCACCAAUGAGAGCGCAUCGCUGGUUUCCAUGGAUACGGGGUUAGAGAUGACAGAUCUGCAUCUGAACCAGAGACAGGAAGUGAUGAAAGAACACCUUUCACCAGUCUGACUGUGGUCAUGUGACGGAGUGAUCGCACGUUUCUGUGAUUAUUUACUUAUUUAUUUAUUUAUUUACUAUGUUUUUUACAAGAAAAACUGGAGCAAAACAAAACACAUAUCACUGACCAACGCUUUAAUUAACAUCUACGUCUGUGCCAAAACUUUAUUUAUUCAGUUGUUGCCUUUUGCUGAAAGUAACAGGAACUUUUAUUUUUUUACUGUCGAUUCAUCAUCUGAUCCUGAAAAUAAAUC